AUGGCUGAUGGCAACGAGGAUCUGCGGCCGGACGACUUGCCGGGGCCGGCCUUCGAGAGCUAUGAGUCUAUGGAGCUCGCCUGCCCCGCCGAGCGCAGCGGCCACGUAGCUGUCAGCGACGGGCGCCACAUGUUCGUCUGGGGCGGCUACAAGAGUAAUCAAGUCAGAGGAUUAUAUGACUUCUAUUUGCCUAGAGAAGAACUAUGGAUCUACAACAUGGAGACUGGAAGAUGGAAAAAAAUCAACACUGAAGGUGAUGUUCCUCCUUCUAUGUCAGGAAGCUGUGCUGUGUGUGUAGACAGGGUGCUGUACUUGUUUGGAGGACACCAUUCAAGAGGCAAUACCAAUAAGUUCUACAUGCUGGAUUCAAGGUCUACAGACAGAGUGUUACAAUGGGAGAGAAUUGAUUGCCAAGGAAUUCCUCCAUCAUCAAAGGACAAACUUGGUGUCUGGGUAUAUAAAAACAAGUUAAUAUUUUUUGGAGGGUAUGGAUAUUUGCCAGAAGAUAAAGUAUUGGGAACUUUUGAAUUUGAUGAAACAUCUUUUUGGAAUUCCAGUCAUCCAAGAGGAUGGAAUGAUCAUGUACAUAUUUUAGAUACUGAAACUUUUACCUGGAGCCAGCCUAUAACUACUGGUAAAGCACCCUCACCUCGUGCUGCCCAUGCCUGUGCAACUGUCGGAAACAAAGGCUUUGUGUUUGGAGGCAGAUACCGAGAUGCUAGAAUGAAUGAUCUUCACUAUCUUAAUCUGGAUACAUGGGAGUGGAAUGAAUUAAUUCCACAAGGCAUAUGCCCAGUUGGCCGAUCUUGGCACUCACUAACACCAGUUUCUUCAGAUCAUCUUUUUCUCUUUGGAGGAUUUACCACUGAUAAACAGCCACUAAGUGAUGCCUGGACUUACUGCAUCAGUAAAAAUGAAUGGAUACAGUUUAAUCAUCCAUAUGCUGAAAAACCAAGGUUAUGGCACACAGCUUGUGCCAGUGAUGAAGGAGAAGUAAUUGUUUUUGGUGGAUGUGCCAACAACCUGCUUGUCCAUCACAGAGCUGCACAUAGUAAUGAAAUACUAAUAUUUUCAGUUCAACCAAAAUCUCUUGUACGGCUAAGCUUAGAAGCAGUCAUUUGUUUUAAAGAAAUGUUAGCCAACUCAUGGAACUGCCUUCCAAAACACUUACUUCACAGUGUUAAUCAGAGGUUUGGUAGUAACAACACUUCUGGAUCUUAAGGCUUCAUAAAUAAUGCCUCUGAUCACCCUGCAUGGACAGCAAUCCUGUAAACAUCACGGAGUUGGCAUCAUUUGUAUAAUUAUAUGCAUUGUUGUAGUUUGCAACUUUUGGUUUAAUGUGCAUGUGGAUGGCCUAGAGAACCUAUUUUUGUGUCUAAAGUUUACAAUAAAUGUAUUUAACACCA